AUGAGGCGGCUCAGAGUAAGAGACCCAUCUGGGCUCUGCUGGGGGUGCGGCGGCUUUAUACCAUAUACUCUGAGCCCUCAGAAGCGGAACAUCAUAGAGAAAUACCCCAGAGGCGUUGCCAUCGAGGGUUCGUCUCACAAAAGGAUCCAACGAAAGAGACGCGUCGCGUUCGAGCUGCCAAAUGUCGUGCUAGAUCUCGACGCCGAGGACAGCCCACAUGUUCGCCCUUUCGACGAUCAUGAUGCGGCCCAGCAGAAAGUCAAAUGGGGCUAUAAUCCUAUCAUCCCUGAGGUAGAGCAGCGUGUCAGUGUAUUGACGACCGAGAUGCUCGUCGAUAGGAGGAAAAUGAGCCGAAUGCUGGCAGCCCGUCACAGCCCCUUCAAGAUUUCGGAUCUCGAUGUGCUCUCGGUUGCCCUGCUCGGCGGCAAGUCGACUGUCUCCCCGCCGCCUGGUGACGGCACAAUGGACUACAGAGCCGGGCGAACCAAUUCGUUGUUGCAAGGCAGGGACCGGGCGCUGCAUCUCAACGGCAUACCAGAACGCAUCCUGGCUGGGGAUGCAAACACCAUAAUUCAAUUUAUGCUCCAUCGACAGCGACUGGAUCCCGCUACUAAAAGGCCUGCUUCAGUCGGCACCGAUGGUGAAGCGGACAGACCGGAUACGUUCAGACAGGCUAUCGACCGCUGCAAGAGCCUUUCACAACUUGAAAGACUGUGUACCCACGGUCUGUCAUUGGGACAGGAUGCGAUCAGCCCUGCCUCCGUGGACCACAUUGCACACUACUUGAAGGGCUCAAGGAACAUUUCGUACAGGCACAACACUAAGCAAGCCCUCAAAUUCGUCAACAAUUUGACAAUGAGACAGCUCUCAACAAAUGCUGGUCUCAAUUCCUCCAUGUCACUACUUGGUUUGGCCUUGGCAGUCGAGCUCCGCUUGCUGCCCGCAGUCAUGCAAUAUUUGCAUAUUUGCUUGUCACAAGGAUUCAUAGGCAAUGCUCAAGACAAGCCAGAGACGUUAGAAGCGGUUGCAAGUGGAAUACUGGCGGCAUUAGAACAAGGACAAGGGCCGGAAAGGGGAACUCGUCCAGAGCUGUUCACCUUAUUGACCGGCCGGACUCUCGCCGGCUCUACAGUGCAGCCGUCCUUGUUCGGAUCAGGCAUCGUCAGCCGUGAAGAGGGAUCUCUCCCUCACCAUAUUUACGUCCAGCUUCUCGGCCAACUGGGUGCCUUCCGGCUCUUGUGGCAUUCGUGGAAGCCAGGCGCGGAUGACAAGAUGAGACAGCAGUAUGAACAGCUCUACUUCAGAGCCUUCAUUCGCUGCGCCGAGGUGCUACACAACGCCGAGGUCGUCACUGGGCUGGAUUGUACGACAGCGACGGGAGAUCUGGAAAGGGAUGCCGAGCUCGAUUUGCAAGCUAUCAACGCAUUGGAUGCGUAUCAUGCUUCUUCGACGACCUCGCAAGCGCCCUAUGCCUCGCAUGUUAAAGAUUUGCUCACAUGGGGCGACAUCAAAGAAGUGUUCGAGAGUGAUGGAAUACACCAAGCAGCGGCACGGAUCAAUGAUCUAAUGGCCAGGAUAUGA